CAACAACAACAACAACAACAGCACAAAGAAGAAGAAGAAGAAGGAGAACUAAUUAAAGAGAUGAAAGGAAAAGCAACAACGGUUUAUGAUGACAAGGGAGAAUCCUCAACAUCCAGAAGCAUGAAAAAGGAGCAGGAGGAGGAGGAGGAGGAGGAGUUUAAGAAGAAGAUGGUGAUACUAAAGAGCAAAGAUGGGUUAGAGUUCAAAGUAGAGUUAGCACUAAUAAAACAAUCAGGAGUUCUUUCAGUUGUUGCUGAAGAAGCACAAGAAGAAGAAGAAGAAGAAGUAGAUGGUGAGAAGGUGUUGAGAAUUCCAUGCAAUGAAGUGAGAGGUGAAGUUUUGGAUUUGAUGAUUAUGUAUUGGAAAGAACAUCAUGAUCACAAUGAUGGUGCUAUUAUUGAUGAAAAUAAAAAGAAAGAUUAUUAUGAUGAAGCUUAUGAUCAGGCGCAUUUGAGAAAUUGGGAUAAAGAGUUUGCAGGGGAUAUUGAGAAGGAAUUGUUCCUUGAGUUGUUGAUGGCUAGUAAUUUUUUGGACUCAAGGAAGUUGAUGAAUUUUGCUUGUCAGACUGUGGCUCACAGGAUUAUGGACCUGACUGUGGAACAAGUUAGGGAAUUUUUUGAGAUUAUUGGGGACUUCACUCCGGAAGAGGAGGAAGAGUUGAGGAAGGACAAUGAGUGGGCUUUUGAUUGAU